AUGGCACCGAAGCACGCACAAGAGCAGCGGAAGGAUGGAAAGAAGAGGAAGCCGCAGCGAGUGCGCGUCACCAACAAGGCGCUCGAGUCGCGGCAGUUCUCCACUGUUCGUCUUCCACGCACAAGCGAGGUGCCGGCGCAGAAGAUGGAUGUGCACUCCAUGUACCAGGAGGUGGCGUGUGGAUCUAGUGGUGACACCGCCGCCGCAUCAGCGAGCAAGUCGGCCAGCGCUGCCUCUCCCACCGCUUCGUCACCCUCUUCCUCCGGCUUCGACCCUAUCGCGAAUGAUGCGAUGUUCACGAUUGUGACCAAGUCCAAGUACUGGCCACCGCCCUCUUUGGAGGAGCUGCACGCCAAGACCGGCCAUGACCACGGCGAUGGCUUUGACUCGUAUGAUCGACGCGAGGACGACAAGGAGGCGCGAAAAGAGCGGGUGAAAGUGGUCAAGGGCGAAGUCAAUCACCCGCGUGGCAAGCCGCGGCAGAAUACCGUAAUCCAGCUUUCGGACAGCAGCAGCAGCAGCGAUGGCGAUGAUGGCGAGCACCGCGGCUGCGACGCUGAGUAG